AUGCAUCCCUCCAACACGGAGAGCGACAUCGUCAAUUCCCACGAGGAAGCAGCGGGGGGCCAGCCCCUCUUGGAGGAUCACUCCGCAGCCUUCAUUCUGCAGCAACAGGAGGAGGAAGAAGGCCACCAGGAGCUUGAGGAAGAACAAGGCCAGCAGAGGGAGACUGCCCCCGAUGUGAACAGCAAGCGACUACGAACGUAUGUCCAAGUGAAGAACCCAAUUUCUCGUCGCUCCUUCCAGCGGCUAAUCAUUAAACAGUUCCCCUCCACCCCGAUGCGCUCCUCCGCCAUCAAGCUCUCCAGAGCAUUCAACGGAUACGUGCUGGAAGACAGCACGGGCGAGCUUGGGAUCGAUCGACUCCCGGUCUACGAGGGGAAUGUACAUACAGCACCCGGGAGCGCCUGGCCGCGAUGUCGAGUAAGGUGGAGCGCACGGUACUUCGUGCUGUAUCGUGGCCAUUGGUUCUGGUUCAGAGAUAGACGGGCAUACGAGAUUGGCGGCCUAGAAGGUUGUUUAGGGUCUGUUUCGCUUAUGAUCAACAGCCUGUCCAUAGAACUGGAUCCCCGUUGUUCAACAAGAUUCAGCUUGUGCGUGGAAGGCUGGUGCAGCAUCCUCGUAGAUACAAGCAUUCAACGCCAAGACAGGGGCGCCUGGGUUCUCCAUUUUCUAGCGUAUGCCAACAAGGGGGAUCAGCUGCGGAGCCGCUUCCCAGAAGUCGAUUGGGAGGAGUUGUGCAGACGAUGCAGACUCGCUGUUAGGCAAGCAAAUGAAACCCCUUGA